AUGGCUCCCUCACCGGUGUUUGAGUGGCAUCCCACUAGGUACAUGCAGCCCAGUGAGCUAGGCGACGACUUUGCUUUGCUGGUGCUCAACCAACCCCUGAAAAAUGGCAUCAACUUGCGAAGACUAUGGAACAACGCUGCGGUAAGAGUAGCGGCAGACGGCGGUGCCAACCGCUUAUAUGAGCUCUCGUCAUUCCAAGGCAAAUUUUCCAAUCUCCAAGCCAUCAUCGGCGACCUGGACUCGCUGACCCCCACCGUCCGCGACUUUUACUCGUCGCAGCCCCAGCCCGCGCAGGUCAUCCACGACCGCGGCCAAGAGACCAGCGACUUUGGAAAGGCGAUUAAAUGGAUCCGCGACUCCUACAAGAUGGACAUUGUGGCCCUCGGCGGCAUCGGUGGCCGCGUCGACCAGGGCAUCAGCCAGCUGCACCACCUGUACCUCUUCCAGCCCGGACCGGGCUACGACGAGGGCCGCAUCUUCCUGCUGUCCGGCUCCAGCCUGACCUUUCUGCUCAAGGCGGGCAAGCACAUCAUCCACGUCCGCGAGGACGGCGAAAAAGACGUCUUUGCCAAGCACGUCGGCAUCAUUCCCCUGCGCGAGCCCAGCCACAUCACCACAAAGGGUCUCGAGUGGGAUGUCACCGACUGGCUGAGCCAGAUUGGCGGCAGCCUCAGCACCAGCAACCACAUUUUGCCCGCUACCAAGCAUGUCGAGAUUGAAACGACAAAAGAUGUGCUCUUUACCGUGGCACUUCGACAGCUCGACAAUGAGGACGACAGCUAA